AGGGUGAGUAGAUUGAGGAAUACGCACUGGGAAAUCAUUGUACGGUCUUCUUGUUAUCUACGAAAGAUGAUAGUAAUUCAAAAACACCAAUUAUUUUCGAUUUUCGAGUCACGGUUUUGAAAUUUUGAUUACAGAUGAUUAGGCGUUAUGGAAGCCGCAGAUUAGAUUCUUGAGUAGUAUUUAAGAUCUGUACUCGCAUGCUACAAGCAAAAAAACAUGAUGUAGUGGAGCGACAGACAGUACUAGCCGGUCUUGCCGACAUUAGCGCUGACGUUGUCGUCCGUGACGACUGUGCUCCAUCGUCAAGAGAUGCCUUUCUCGCUCCCUCAUCGAAGGCUCCCUCAUGGGAGGCUCUCGGCUUCUGCUACAUGGUCAUCUCGUUCACUUGCCUCUACGAGCUUAUCUCUUCCUCGUGGAGUGACAGCAACGAAAGAUCCGCAUUCGGAGGAUGGAGCAGAGGAAAUGCGGGGUGUCAAGACAACAACAUCAGUAGUAGCAGUCGUAGGAGAUACAGACCAUCAAAGCCAUGAGUUGAAAGAAAAGUACAACAUCAACUGCGAAGUAGAGGGUGCUAAAAUAGGGGAUAGGGAUGACAGGGACACUGGGCACUCAAGUAGAACGUCGAUUUCCACACGGACGGUGUCUACGGAAACUUCUUUGUCUGCAGAGACUUCGAAUUUUAUGGUUUAGAAGUCUCCUCGGGUUUAGAAGUCUAAUUAAAUGUGAUAGAGUCUAAUUAAAUGUUUAGAAGUCUAAUUAAACUUUGUGGAAGAAAACUGAACUUACACCUCAUGCUAGGUAAAUGAAUGAAUGAAUGAAUGAUGUGAUUUGCAUAUAAUCAUCGACUCAAUCUAUUACUUCUAUCCAUACCAAUCAGCUUGUCCCUUUUAUACAAGGAAGUGAUUUGAUCUGGCAACAUUUCAGAAUCGAUCAAGGAGCUUAAGGUUUUUCAAGCCUGUUACAACGAGCUACUACUGGUGCCGCACUCUAACUCUACAACAUUCGACAUAAGCACGAUCGUCGAAGAUGUUCGAGCAUCUACAUCAGCUGUACAAGAGAAAAAAAAUUAUGUACACGAAGCCAUAACAAGUAGGGGACGAACAGAUGAUGAUGGUAAUCCUUCUGGUGCAGGUACAAGUGGAAGUAGUAAGACUAGCAGAGGACCAAGAUCAGGAUCACAUGAAGAUGACAAAAGAAGAGUAGUAGUGGACCCUGUUUUUCUUGCGGAGGAUUCGGGUCGUCCACCAGUUCUUGGAAAUGCUGAAGGAGAGACGCCUUAUUGGUCCCCGGAGACGGGGUUUGUGCCCCGUCAUAGUGCUGCUGCGUGGCACUGGUUAGGAGAUCCAGUGCGAAGCGGCCUGCAGAACCCAGAACAAGAUGUGCUUAAGUACAAGGUUAUGGCUGGGUUGCAGAAGCGGGGAGUUUGUACCUAAAUACCCCUUAUUAAGCGAGUUAACUAAUCAUUAGAAAAGCAAGAUACUAUAAGCAUCAUGCUGUGAGUGUGAGUAAGUAAACGAUGAAGAUGUACGUACCUCAAAUGGAAAAUCAUAGUAGGGGGAGCAAGUGAACAUUUGGUAAAGAGUCUCGCUACUAGUUUUUUCUCUGCUGACCUGUCUGAGUGACUUGAGCUUUUUGUAUUCGACGUGAGAUUCACCUUACAUACUAGAAGUAAUUUGUGUUAUUGGUUGUAGGAGGUGUGUGCGCUAAGCAAUGCGACGCUUACAGCGAGCAAAUUGGCAGCGGCGUGUUUGGGUGGGAGGAUUUUCCGGCAAGCUCGAGUGAGACGGAUCAGCUGUGUAUAUCUCCGCCUGAGGCGGGUGGUAGUUCCAGCUCGGGGGAAGCAGGCUCAGCGAUUGAUGAGGCAACGAGCGAGUUUGGGUUGCCUUUGAGCCUUGAGAAUUCGCAUUUCGCAACACAGAUCCGGACGGCGAAGGAUAACACAAGGCUGACCUCUGCGCUUUUGAUGUGCGCGGAAAAGCGUGCGCUGCUCUCCAUCGGCUUCGAGAAAAUCCAGAUCGUAGUGGAUGAAGUGUACUGACUAUUGGCUUGCCAGAAGGUUUUGUGCAUAAUCAGCUUCACAGCAGAAGCACUUGGUGGGCUGGGGGCUCUUUAGUUAGCUGCCGGUGAGGUUCGGCAUCCACGGGGAGCGACGACCGCUAGCGGGACAUCUUUGGGCCCACCUUUCUCUUCCGUCGCGCUGUCCGCACAUUUUUCCAAAUGUAUGACUACAUCGGGCAGUAAACAAAUGCAAACUGACGCCCCAGGGGCGGAGUGGUAAUGAUGACCACCCUGGCGGAAGCGUUUGCGCAAGCAAACCCAUGGCGCUAGCUUUGUUUUGUGAAGGCAAAUCGUUUCUAGCCCACUCUUCGGCGUGUGGGCUCUUCUUUCGGGUCUCUUGCCAAGCUUUACCGCUAACGCGAUCACCCUCCAACUUCUUCGGAUCUGCAGCAGAUGACGCGUUGGACGGUGGGGCGCCAGCUCCCAAAGGGCCAGGAUGCAGGUCCCCAGUGGCGCAGCCUGGCUGUAGGGUCAUCGAAAAGCGGUGAACGGCAGGAACCCCCUCAGAAAUGGCGCUAAGGCUGCCGCUUCUCCUUCUAAGAAAGUGCCAGGCGCUUGCGAGGUUAAGGCAAGACCUGGCGCUAGUGUUUUGAUUGCGCUCGCUGGUGGCAUCACCAGCCUAGGCAGCCCCGAAGGUCGACACGAAGGGAGACGAGCAGCGCGGGGGGAGAUCAUUACCCGCCAAGAGCGGCACCAAAGUCAAGACUGACGACGGAGGCGACGCCUGCCAGCAGGGGACCAAUGACGUCAGUAGGCACGGACGAACACAGGAGCCAGGACACGGGGCCACGCCUUGCAUUAGCAUCGGGCGGAGAAGACCAUGGCAGACCGCGCCGGGCUGGGUUUGGGCUUUGUCGUGCCCCUCCGGCGUGGCUUGCUCUUGCUACGCAUGCAGGAAACAGAGCAGGAACAAAAUGGGCGGGAAGCGUGGGGCAAGAGAAUAGCCCACGCCGGGAAGGGAUGCCCGGCCGGUACGUUGUGCGAGCGUGACGCCACCAAGAGUUAGAAAGCGGCCGGGGGGUUGCUCGGUCGUGGUGUGACUUAGUUCGAGCAAAUGGGAGCCCACUGCGCGAGCCGCUUCAUUGUGUCUCCAACCGUGGCGGGCCGAUUACUCGAAGUUGUGAACUUUGCCCCCCCUCUGGCGUGGGUACAAGCCAGGCGGGCCGUGGGCGGGUUGGAUAGCCUGGGCCCGUGGCUGGAGGCUUCUCCCUUUUACUUUCGCUCUUGGCAGGCAGAGGCGGCGCCGUGUCGCGUGUCUGCUCUUUUUGAGGUGGGGAUGGUUCCCGGAUGGGGUCAAUGGAUGCCCACGGGAGAAGCACUGGCCCAACUCGCCGCCAAGCAGUGGCAGGGAAGAAAAGGCGGCGCUCAUUUGCUGGCCUUGCUUCUGCGGGGUCCCUCUGUGCUCUUUUUGAAUGGUGAAUGGUAUGCAAAACCUUUGCCAGCGCCCGCGGGCGGCGCACUUGCGCCGCCUUAGAUAGAUAGGCGCACGCAUGCGUGGGUGAGUGGGUAGCAGGGUGAGGGUCGCCCUGCUAGUUUCAUUCGCGGCCCCUGGCGCUUAUAUAUUGUUUUGGAUCUAUUGUAAUCGUGGUACAUAGCUGAUUAAAUGCACAUCCCAAACAAACUUCUCAGGAUCGGCAAGAUUUGUCCAGGGUGUUUGGUGUUCACUAUACCCUAUGGUAGUGCGGUGACCGGAUGCCUUCUAGAGGAGUCUUCAGACCUGGAUGUUGGUAUUCGCGUCGUUCCUGAUCGCAUGGGCCUGCGAUUAAGACAGGCUUUUUUGUAUGUGCUAUGUAUCUUCCCAGAAGUAUCUUCCAAGAAGUCAUAUGCUACUGAGAAUGGAAGCGAUGUCUGGUGAUCAUGUGCAUAGAAGUAGUAAACAAAAACAGGGACUUGUUCAAGACAAGUUGAGAUGUGAUAAACAAAAAGAUAGACUCGUCGGAACUACGUUGAACCGCUUCUCUCACUCUCCUGUCUUCAUCUCCAAGGAGGACUUAUUAAUUUGUUGUCGCAUCUGUUAUCUACGCGGAGGAGGUACUUCUCCCCUAUGUCUAAGUAGUAUGCCACAUUUACUCCCGCACUACUCGUACUCAAAAUUAGAUUUUCUUUCGUUUCAAUCUCCUCUAAGACCACUCGCGGAUGCCAAACUGGAAAUCCUGAGUCAACUGCGGAACCGUCUAGAGGACAUAGGCUUCGCUCGACUGGAUCUCGUGCCAGCUAGAGUGCCAGUACUUCGCUGCGCGUUGCGUGAAUACUCGGACUACGAAGCAGACAACGUACUUCUAAGGACUUUUGUAUCCUCCGGUGAUAGAGUUCUAGGCUCAGACCUGUCUGUUUGAGGAAUUAUAUUAAAGUACUUUGCUCAUCUUCCUAGGUCCACCCUACUAAUAGAGUUGCCUUGAAGACCACCAAGUCUUCUUCUCUCUCUCUCUACAUUUUCGUAUCUACUUGCCUAACCAAUUAUGAGUCGGUUAUUUUAGGCACAACCUUCUGCUUACGCACGACGAAUCGGUUAUGACAAGUACAACCUCCUCCACCCAAGUUAUAAGUACAACCUCCCUCCAGGUGCACAGUUCGUUGCGAGCAGAGUUUGAUAUUUCCUUGCACGUGGAUGACUACGUGUUUUGGAACAGUGUCCUUCUGCAGCAGUGCUUAGCGCAGGACUGGUGGACCGCCGAAGCCGCGGCCGAAAUUCAUGAUGAUAUUUAUGAGAAGUGGACGAAGGAUUUAAUUCCUACCAAGAUUAUUGUAUAGUACAGUCUGGAUUUCUGUUUACCCUAGUCAUUCUUAUCUCAGAGUACGAAUACUCGUGAAUCAUAGUACAAAUACUCGUGACUCAGGUUCGUGAAUAUCAAUCUGAAGACGAUGAACACAUAGAUCCUACGAGCACGACGACGUCUAGACUGCACUUGGUCAAUUUGAUACUUUUACUUAUAUUCACACUAAGAAAUUUCCGUCUAAGAAAUUUCCGUCUGCAUGACGUCACUACGGAAUACUUUUACUUAUAUUCACACAAGCUCGUCUAAGAAAUAGCCGUCUGCAUGACGUCACUACGGACUGCGGAUUGUGCGAAGCUGUGUCAGGACUCAUGGCGAGAAAACGCGCAAGAGGACAUUAG